CCAUUCGAAACGGACAGUCUGCUGUCCACCCUCCGUCCCUUCCUCGUCGUCGACAACGCCACGCUGAACGCGUCCGUUCCGCGGGUGCUGACCGAGAUGCCGUGGCCGGUGAAGAAGGAGGCGGUCGUCGAGGGCGACCUGGUGCUCGGCGGCCUGAUGAUGGUGCACGAGCGCGAGGACAGCAUCACCUGCGGCCCGGUGAUGCCGCAGGGCGGCAUCCAGGCGUUGGAGGCGAUGCUGUACACGUUGGACCGUUUGAAUUAUGCACAGGACCCGUUGUUGCCCAACGUCACGAUCGGCGCCCACAUACUGGACGACUGCGAUAAGGACACUUACGGGUUAGAGAUGGCCGUGGAUUUUAUUAAAGGAUCCAUAAGUAACAUCGACGGCGCCGAGUACCACUGCAACAAGACCCAAGUGAGGAAAGUAAUUUCGGGAGUGGUGGGCGCGGCGUCUAGUGUCACCUCGAUCCAGGUGGCGAAUCUGCUGAGACUCUUCAAAAUUCCCCAGGUUUCGUUCUUCUCGACCAGUCCGGAGUUGAGCAACAAACAGCGUUUUGAAUAUUUCACCAGGACGAUUCCUUCUGAUCAUUAUCAAGUGAAGGCGAUGGUCGAUAUCGUCAGGAUGUUGGAGUGGAGCUACGUGUCCAUUAUUUAUGAAGAGUCAAAUUAUGGGAUAAAGGCUUUUGAGGAGCUCGAGGAUUUACUCGGAGAGUACAACAUAUGUAUUGCCGUUAAGGAGAAGCUCGUGAAAGACUCAGGAGUGGCCGGACAGUCGGCGUACGACAACAUCGUGCAGAAACUACUCACAAAACCGAGAGCUAGAGGUUGUAUAAUCUUCGGAUCGGACCAGGAGGUCGCCGAGCUGAUGAAGGCGGUGCGUCGCAGCAACGCGACCGGCCUGUUCUCCUGGAUCGGUUCGGACGGCUGGAGCGCCCGUUCCCUCGUUUCGGACGGGAACGAGGCGGAGGUGGAGGGCACCCUGUCCGUUCAGCCGCAGGCCAAUCCGGUCAAGGGGUUCAAGGACUACUUUCUCGCUUUGAACGUGGAGAACAAUCCGCGUAAUCCGUGGUUUGUUGAAUUUUGGGAGCACCACUUCCAGUGCAGAUACCCCAACAGUUCGAAGACCCCCUACAACCUGAAAUACAACAGCCUCUGCACCGGCAGGGAGGAACUGACGGAGCAGAACACGGUGUUCGAGGAUCAGUUGCAGUUCGUGUCCGACGCCGUCAUGGCCUUCGCCUACGCCAUAAGGGACAUGCACCGUGACCUGUGCAACGGACAGCCAGGACUGUGCGACGCCAUGAAACCGACGAAGGGCACCGAACUCCUCAAAUACCUCCGCAAAGUCGACUUCGAAGGUUUGAGCGGAGACCGUUUCCAUUUCGACGGCAACGGCGACGGUCCGGCACGCUACAACAUCAUCCACUUCAAACAGACCGCCCCCGGAAAAUACCAGUGGAUACGUAUUGGCGAAUAUCUCGAAGGGGAGCUUCAGCUCAACAAAUCAGAGAUCCAGUUCAAAUUGAGCCACCCCAAACCGCCUGAGUCGGUGUGCAGUCUGCCCUGUGAUCUUGGUCAAGCGAAAAAGUAUGUCGACGGUGAGAGCUGCUGCUGGCAUUGUUUUAAUUGUACGCAAUACCAGAUCAGACACCCAUCGGACCCGACACAAUGCGUGAUGUGCCCGCAGGGCACGAUCCCGGACCCGCGCCACGUCACCUGCAACCAGAUCCCUGAGGAGUACCUGCAACCGGAUUCCGGAUGGGCGAUCGGUGCCAUGUCGUUCGGCGCCACCGGCAUCUCCAUAACGUUAUUCGUUAUCGGCGUGUUCGUCAAGCACAACGACACUCCGGUGGUCCGGGCGUCCGGCAGGGAGCUGAGCUACGUCCUGCUGGCCGGAAUCAUGUGCUGUUACUGCAUCACCUUCGCGUUCAUACUGAAGCCGACCCAUUUUGUUUGUGGGCUUCAGAGGUUCGGCGCCGGACUGAGCUUCUCGAUAGUCUACGCAGCGAUACUGACGAAGACCAACAGGAUCGCCAGGAUCUUUAACGCCGGAAAGCACACGGCGAAGAGGCCGCAGUUCAUUUCGCCGAAAUCGCAGCUGAUCAUCUGCAAAGGCUUCGUGUUCGUGCAGAUUUUGAUCAACGGCGUGUGGAUGGUGAUCUCCCCGGCCCGGGCCAUGCACCACUACCCCACCAGAGAGGACAAUCUCUUAGUUUGCUCGUCGUACACAGACGCCUCGUACAUGAUCGCGUUCGCCUAUCCCAUCUUCCUGAUCGUCAUCUGCACCGUCUACGCGGUCCUCACCAGGAAAAUACCUGAAGCGUUCAACGAGAGCAAACACAUAGGAUUCACCAUGUACACGACCUGCGUAAUUUGGUUGGCUUUCGUACCAUUGUACUUCGGAACUGCCAACCACGUGGCUUUAAGGAUAACCAGCAUGUCAGUCACCAUAAGUCUUUCAGCCAGUGUGACUUUGGUCUGCUUAUUUGCUCCCAAACUAUACAUAAUCCUGAUAAGGCCUGAACGCAACGUCCGCCAAAGCAUGAUGCCCAUGCGAUACAGCGCCAUCAACAAGAGCUCAGCCACCACCGGAUCCGGAAGCAUGAUGGCAGCCGUCAUGGUAACGGCCGCCACCUGCGACCAGAAGCAACAGAUCCAGAAGCACGUGCCUCCCAUCGAAGCGGACGAAGAACGUUUGAAGGUGGAGACGCAGGACAGUGCGACGCAAACGACGCCGCCCCAGUCGCCCCACAACGAGAUCAUGAACAACAACUGCACCAACGUGGGCAACGGGCCGCUGGCCCUGUUGCCCGGCGCCCAGCUCAAGGAGCUCACCUUAUAGCAGUCGCCCAUAACUAGGACGUCUAGUUUGAAAUGCAGGAGGAAUCCUGUGCAAGUGUAGACUAACUAAACGGACCUGUGAAAUUUACUUGUGAUUUUUAUUCGGCUUUAUCCAGAAGGGGGUGGCGACGUCUUCCUGAGUUCGAGGUUCUUGGGACUCAACUGCAUGUGGACACAACGAUUCUUCCAAUUAAACGUUGGUGUUUAACAUUUUAAACUAUAGAUAAGGGUUUUUAAUCAAAGAAGGUUUAAUGUAAUAAAUAAAUGUAUAUAAACGCUAGUAGGAAUAAAAUACUAUUUUUGUUCAUUGGAAAGUUCCUUCUGGAUAAUAAUAGAAGCAUGAUGGUGUGAACAAACUAUCAGAACAUAAAUAUAUCAAAACUAAUAAAUGUAUAUAUAUAUAAAAAAUGUGUAUAAUACUUAAAAAAAAUAUAUUAUAAUGUUUCCUAGAUAAAUAUUAAUAUUCUUAUAGCUAACGUUCUGAUACUAUAAUAAUAAAAUUUAUUGUUGAUUCUUUUACAGUUAUAUGUAAAUUAUUAUACAGGGUAUAAAGUUUUGUUAAUGCUUUCGACUACUUAAUUAAAAUUACACGUGUUUGUGUGGGAUGUCUUCGUUAUUACUAAACAUGUAUUUUAUUGGUGCUGUGAAAAGACAUUUUAUAUAUUUCUCAAGGAAAAGUAUAUGUAAGAUUGUAUUAUUGUAAGUUUAAGCAUAAUAAAUAUACGUAAUUUCUAUUAAAUGUUCGCUAACAAUGUAUAAAUGUUACAAAACUUGUAGAUAUUAACUAAGGUUGUGGUUUAUUUAAGUAGGAUGUAACAAGAUGUUUAUGUUCGUCUUAAAGAUGUAGUGUUUAAUAGAUAUUCAUCACCCAAUGUUUGUUACUUACUUGUUUUCCCCUUUCCAUCACAUUCAUGUAACAUUUGAUGGAAAGGAGCAAACAAUAAUUGUGGUAGGAAAUAAGUCUGUAUACAAUGAAGACUGUAAUCUUCUCUUUGAUAACUCUUUGAAGAAGAUUAUCGAGGUAUAACUCGGUUGUAUUCCAAGGUGCGUGGUGCAUCAUCCGACCCCGAUUUAAGUACUCAACGGAAGGUACCUCAAGAAAUACGUUGGUCCUUAAAUUUUCCAUGAUGUUCCACGCAACGUUGUGGUCGUACCGUUGAAAAGAUCUGACUUGAUUUCUCCCAUUAAUGAGCCCUAACGUAGAACUACAGUCAGACCUGAGUCCUGAAGUUCCGGACGAAAGAUUCGUGGACGUAUUUUUUGUCCGGACUGUUGUAUAUUGAUACCUUAGAUUUAAGUCAAGCUUACGAUUAUGUGUACCUGUGUACGUUGUUUAGUGUUUUCAAAGAAUACUCCGUAAUAUGUAAC